AGAGACAGAAGAGCUACCUGCUACCUGUAAAGUUUUGUGAUAGCGCUGAGGAGCUAGUUCAUGCUUCAAGGAGAAGAGAAGAAGAUCAAAACUUGACUUAAUCCAUCUUUUCUUGGGCUUGGGUCAAUCUGCAUCUCAGGGUGCAUGGUGUGCGGACAGACAGACAGAUUGAUUUUUACACUGCGCUGCAUCGUCUGAUGAAAGCCCGACUUUUGAAACUUUUCCAGCAACCACACAACUUUGCUGGAGACUGGAUCCACUGCUCUGUGUGAGAAACAGCAGGAGAGAGUGGGGGGAAAAAGAGAAUAUUGCCAUCCAUCUCGAGCCCUCACAGCCCACCCUCAGCUUUGGACGCCCCUCCUCUCUGCCUCUUCUUUUGCCCCCUGUAUCCCCCCCCUCUACAACUCACCCCCCAACAGAGCAGAAAGCGUGAAAAAUCUCACUAAUGGGUUUAUUUGCUGUCAGAUCUGCGCCGAUCUGUCAUUCCCUUGGACCAUUCUGCUUGACACAUUUCAUAGUUGAGUAAGCCUCCUAGCUUUCUGGCUAGAGUUACCAGUGCCCCUGCAACGUUGUGCUGGCUGAGAGCUCAUCAAGAGGGGAGCAACGGCGGCAGCAGUCAUUCUGACAGUCUCUUGGACAGGGAGUCCCUGAAGCUGCAUUCCUCCAGUCUUCUUCCCCCCGUUGGGACUUUGUGUUUGUGAGCCUUUUGUGCAUCCUGAGCUUCUGUCUAAUCACACGGCUCCGUCCUCCACAGAAGAUUCUGGCUGUUUCUGCAGGGAUUCUGGUGCUGAUUGAAAAACAGUGUGAAGAUGUGGUGUGGGGCUGGGCCUUUGGCCGUGGUGGCUGCAGUGUUUUGGACUCAGUGUGUCCUUCUGGAUGGGGUGGAUGCCAAGAAGGAGAGAAAGAGGCCAAAGGAGGCCCCCCCACAACACACAGAGACCUACAAUGCUACAGCUUCUAACAGUGAAGAGGUUGGUGGAAGCGUCAAGAUUUCUGACAACCAGCGAGUGGAUCCACAUGGAUCAUGGAUGGACUUUGUCAAAAGACCGGUUGGGAACUUCCCUGGAAAGUGCCGCAAACGCAAACGACCCCUGCCGGGCCCACCUGGUCCUCCUGGUCCUCCUGGCCCACAGGGACCUCCUGGCUCUCCUGGAGCUGAAGUGACCCAGGAAGUUCUUCUCCAGGAGUUCAGAGACAUGAUUAAAGAGGCUACUGAGAGGAGAGCAGCAGCAUUGGACAGACAAACCAGCCCCAGCCAGCUACCUACAGCUAUCCUCACCCUGGAGGGGAUGACCUCCUACCGGCGAAUAGAGGAGGCUUUCCACUGCAAGCUCAAGGGACCUGUGGUAGUCGACAAGAAGACUCUGGUGGAGCUCCAGAACUUUCAGACACCACCAGCUAAAGGAGCCUUCCUCAGAGGGACAGGAAUGGACCAGUCCACGGGGAGAUUCACAGCUCCCAUCACUGGGAUCUAUCAGUUCUCUGCUAACGUCCACAUUGACCACAAUGAGGUGAAGAGGAGCAAGAGUCAGCUGAAGGCAAGGGAUAAUGUUCGGGUUCUGAUCUGCAUUGAAUCACUCUGCCACAGAUACACCUCACUGGAGAUGAUCGUUGGAUUAGAAAGUAACAGCAAGAUAUUCACUGUCAGUGUGCAGGGGCUGCUGGAGCUACAGGCCGGGCAGUACACCUCCAUAUUUGUGGAUAACGCAGCAGGCGCCUCCAUCACAAUACAGAAUGGUUCCGAUUUUAUGGGUAUGCUGCUUGGUGUAUAGCCUCACAACAUGAACAGGGCGUCUUCCAAGCCAUCCACUGCUGCGGUUUUCUUUUUGUUUCGUUUUUUUUCUUCUUCAAUGGACUGCUCAUGAGCACCAUCACACAGUACCAAACCACAGGGGAGGUUUGAAGGAAGGGAGUGAGGCUGACAUGGACUUGACUGCUUGUCAGAUGGUGAAAGGACAGUGUGAAGAACUCAAGGACUGAGUUUGUUUUUCACAGUGCACCACUGCCACUUCCCUGAGGAACUUGGAUGCCUGGUGCUUCACCAAUAAAAUAACAUGAAAAUAAAACAAGAAUAUGGCUUUUAAAGUAUAUUUUUUCAUGGUUGUUGAAGACUUUUGCGGUAAACCAAAUAUCAAUGUUCUCUGGAAAGAUGUCGGGAACAGGAAAAUGUGUAAUGUAUACUGACAUGUCAAUGUUUUUUGUCUACAUGAUCUAUUAUGUACACACUUAUUUUUUAUCAUGGAUACAAUCUCACAUUUUUAUAUAUGUUAUAUGGUACAUAGACUGUGAGUACACUGGACAAUGGAAACAUGCUUAACAGACAGAAAAACGGCCUCACAAGAUCAUCAUAAGGGCGCUAGAAUAGCUACAGACUCUUAUGACGUAAUCUGAUUAAAACUGUAAACAGGAGUCAUGCUUCUGUGUUGGUCGGCGCUUUAUCUACCACUCUAGGACUCCCAGUAGCACUGUAUUACAAGGCACCACGUUAGCACAAUGUCGCUACCGUAGAAGACAUAGCCUGAAGCCAAUGUGGAAGUUCCUAAAACCUGCAUUGUUGCUGCAUUGCCAAAGGGGGCGACUCCACUGGCUGCAUAAAAGAUCGCAUAGAAGUCUAUGAGAAUAUGGCCCUACUGCCCAAUUGAUUUAUUAAGUCAGUAAACAUUUUUUUUUCGAGAUUAUGGUCUCAAUCGCUUGUUUCAAGCCUUCAAUACAGCAUGAUGUUAAUUUUGUAAAAUUUUUGUUUCCAUUUGGAGUCGAUAACGUGGGGAAUGCUUCAGGGUGGGGCUACCUUGUGAUUGAUAAGUCGCCACCAAGGUGACCUAUCAAGUAUGAUGGAGGCGUAGCAAUAGGUAUUGUGUUCAUUUAAAUAGCCCUUAACUUGUUUUUGGUUAACCUCGAACCAUAACCCCUCCAAAAAACCAAGAUGGGGAUGGACAAAAUGGGUAAUCCAUAAACAGUGGCUAUGUCCACUUCUUUUACAGUCUUUAUUCACUUGCGGUAGAUCACCACAUUUUAGAGACUCAAAUUGUUUUUGUAAUAAACGUGGUCAAUGAAUGUGCAUGCUGAUAUAUUGCCAAGCUUGUUUGUUUUUUUCUGAGCUCAUUAUGGGGCCAAUUUGUUUAUGUUUUUUUGUACACUUCUGGAAGAAGUUCCAAGAGUUGGUAAUUCUGUCUUGUAGUUCAAGCAGCGGUCAGCAGCAAUUGGCUGUGCCCACUAAGGUCAGUUUAGCUCAGGUCAAAGUUCAACAUAUUUGGACUUUCUACGCAUCCCUGCUCUGCUAUGUAUCCCAUGGACAUCCACACAGAACAGUCACACCACAUACAUAAUAAUGCUGCGAAAAGCUGUUAUUCCACGAUAAUGCGCGCCCUGAGGCUUUUUUAAAUAUAUCAGACAAAUCGAGAUUCACCUUUUGACUGAGAGAGCUGUAAGUCUUUUUUAACCUUAAGAUUAUUUUUACAGUCUAUUUUUUGUUAUCAUUUAUCAUCUGUUUAUUUUUUACUGUAUUUUAUUAUUUUCUUGACAUAUAGAUGUUUGUAAUUUAUAAUAACUAAUACACCAGUAACAUUGGAAAGCAUUGAAAUUUGAUAUGGUAUUUAUGUUUGAGGAAAUGUAUGAAUCACAUGUUGAUUGACACUCUCGUGGACUCAUGAAACCACAGAUUAUUGCAAGAAUAAAAUUAUAUCUUUUUGUUAUUUUUUUUAUUACCUAUACUAUGCUGUAAUUUGAAAUUAAACUUUUUAAAAUUA